CUUUCAGCAAACCCAGUGCCUGCUUGCCUCCGACAGCUUCUUCACAGUGAAAUAUUGAAAGCCCAUUCCGCUACUGCAAUGGAUAUGACCGAGGUCCAAUUCAGGCUCCUGUCGCAGUCAGUAGGGCCGUCUGACAACUCCACUGAUGCCCUCCUCUUCGAUGCGUCCAGAAACAGCCGCAAGGUCAAGAAGAAGGGCCCAACAGUGAAGCGAGCCGAGGAGCUGCAAAGAAUCUGCAACUUGAAGUUCGAGCCGGGCACUUUCGGCGUGUCCUCAACGGACUGGCAUGGCAUGGUGCGCUGGCAGCCUGGGCGGCCCAGCAGUGGAUGCACGCAAGGCAGCCAAGCUGAGCGGCAUGUCUCCACCAGCGUAUGCCCAGGCUCGAGCAGCCGUUCAAAACGCCCUUGGCGUCGGUGCGCUGUUCGCUGUGCGCUGUGUGCUGUGCGCUGUGUGCUGUUCGCUGUGCCUGCCUGUGCAGGUCGCAGUUGAGCCUCCCCCAGUUGGCGCUUCAGUUCGGCUUCAUGCGAGUGCUGGAUUCCACUCAACGCAACUUGCACAUGUUCACCUCCCGCUUCACUCACUCCCUGCCCGAGGUGCGGCGAGGAAGCACUGACUUCUCGCGGCCAGCAUACGUGGCAGCUGCACUCAUGCUCACGGCCACACGCAGCAAGCUGAAGGUGUUUUUUCACAAACUGCUGGAAGCGGGUUUCUUUUCGCAACUGUGUGUCCACGCAUGUACGGACGCAUUGAUACCCAUGUGCAAGUGCACCUGAAAAUGGAUGUCGACAAGCUGCUGGAAGCUUCACGAGUGGGCGAGGACGAGUUUCAGCAGGUGGUGCCGUGCAUGGAAGCCCACUGCGCUGAUGUGUUCGGAUCGUCCCACAGCAAUGCGUCACAGUCCAGGCUGCCACCGAACCAGCCACAGGAGCAGCUCCCGCAACUGCAGCAACCACAAGUCCAGCACAGGCAGCAACGGCAGCAGCAGCAGCAGCAUCAUCAUCAAUGCCAACAACAGCAUCAGCAAAAGCAUGAGCAACAGUAGCCGCCGCACAGUUACACGCACGGGGCUUCGAAUGAUUGACUCCGCCAAUCACUAUUUAUUGGUGCAGAUGGUGCUGGGAGAGCGAGCGGUUACUGUGGAGAGGCAGAAAAGGAUAGAAUCCAGCCGGCCAGGCACGCUCAAUCGGUGGGACUUGCCACAUUUCUUAGGUGUGUCGGAUAGUGUGCGAUGGGUUGUUGUGUACCAUGCCUUGGGUAGAGAGUAUGCCUCACUAAGAGGACCCUUUUGUAUCUCACAGGCUUAUUUUAUUUCGCACUAGCUCCAUCCAUUGUUAUGGAAGCUUUACAUCCACUUUUAAUGUU